CCACAACACAAAAGUUCUUGGGGCAGUUGCCCCUUAUUUUAAUAAGAAUAGCCUUUCUUUAAAAGUUCUGAGCGCGGAAAAUGCAAUUCUGGACACGUGGUUGAGAAUUUGAGAGCAGUUUAAAGGACUUUUUGACUCCUGAUGAGAGUAUACAAGAAAAAUGUGGCGUUAUUCGCAGUGGUGCUUUUCCUUGUGGGUGUCACUUGGGUUGCAGUUCUUACUGGACCAGACAUGAGUCAGGAGCAACUGCUCGAAACAAGGCUAUCAGAAUUGAGGGAUCGCCUUCAGUUUGCCAAUGCCUUGAACCAAGAGAGAGAAAAUGAUAUAAUGGCCUUAAGAAAACAAUUCCACAUCCUGAGAAAACAGCUCUAUAAUCUCUUGCCACAUAACGGUACAGGGUUAGGCUCAGUCGCUACUCUACUCCCCUUAGAAGUGCGGCAGCUCCUUGGUAACCUCUCAUACAGCAACUCAGACAUCCAGCCACCAAGUAUCUUUCAUGUCUUGCCUCAUCUUGUUGGACACCCAGAGGGCCUCCAGCCAGCAUUUAAAUUAUCUCAGGAUAGAGUUGGAGUGUCAAUAGUAAUUGGUAUCCCAACAAUUAAGCGGGAUAAAGUGAGUUAUCUUCAUGAGACGCUGCGAUCAGUCAUUGAUGGAUUGAACGAAGAAGAAAAGGAAUCUACCCUUAUUGUUGUCUUUGUUGCGGAGCCCCUUGAUAUACAGUACGUCCUCGAGCAAGCAAGCGACCUCAAAAAGUAUUUCCCAGCCGCUGUAAAGUCAGGCCUGUUAGAAUUGAUCUCACCUCCUGCACCAUUCUACCCCCACUUUGAUUCCAUUAAACUCUCACUUGGGGAUCCCAAAGAGAGGGUCAGGUGGCGGACCAAGCAAAAUCUUGACUAUGCUUUCUUGAUGAUGUAUGCAAGGAGUCGGGGGACAUACUAUUGCCAGCUAGAAGAUGAUGUGAUUACCAAACCAGGUUUUGCCUCUGUGAUGAAAAACUUUGCCUUGAAUCAGAAAACUGAGGAUUGGUUUAUAUUAGAAUUCUCAUUGUUAGGAUUUAUAGGAAAAUUAUUUAAAUCAAGUGACCUGCCACUAGUCGUUGAGUUCUUCUUGAUGUUUUACAAAGAUAAACCCAUUGACUGGUUACUCGAGCAUCUCCUCUAUGUCAAGACAUGUAACCCUGAAAAAGAUGCAACUCAUUGUGAGCGGAUGAAAAGUGAAAUCCGAAUCCGAUAUAAACCAUCAUUAUUCCAACAUAUUGGCCUCAAAUCAUCAUUGCGAGGGAAAGUACAAAAGUUAAAGGACCGGAGCUUUGGGAAGAUGGCACUCCAUCGAGCAUACAACAACCCCAGUGCUGAGGUGUCCACAACCCUUUUGGUCUAUCAGAAGUAUUCCAUCGACCGAGCUUACCGUGGGGAGACAUUCUUCUGGGGUUUAUUACCCCAUCCUGAUGAUACUGUUAAUAUAAAGUUCCAGCCUCCGAUAGAGAUAGAAAAGUUUUUCUUAAAAAGUGGUAACCGCGAGCACCCUGGUGACCAGUUCUUCAACACCACCAUCGAGAUUCUUCCACUUGCCCACGUUGACAAACAGGCGGGAGUUCUUACAAACAGUGACAGCCAAGAGGACUAUCAAAUCACAGGCGAUGGAUAUCUCAUCGUGGGAAACUUCACCGGAGGAGUCGCGUAUGGGAUUGUGUCGAAAAAUGUUGGCUUAGUCAGCCAGCUUCGUCUGCAUGUCCAAAAGGAGAGUCAAAAUUGGGUGGUACUAAGUGAGAUUUAUAUCAAGCCUCGUGCCAUGUCAACAUCCACUUCCAUUACCAAGAAGAAAGUAUCACCAUCAUGAAAUCAUGCAAUGCAUUUUAUCACUUUCAUAUACCGGUACGUCAUCAUCAACAUGACGGGUAUUCAGGGGCAAAGUUUACACAUGUUUAGUGGUGGAAGAGUGAAAUUAAUGUGAAACAUUUUGUGAGAUUCACUUCUAGUUUUGGUUUAGGAUAUGCAUAUAGCCCAGUACGUGUGUACAUAGUGGUGAUAUUCUGAACAGUCUACACUGAAAUUGUUAGUGUUUUUUUCUGAACCUCUAUACACUGAAUCAUUAUUGUAAUUUCUACACUGAAAUCAUAGUGUUAUUCUGAACAUUUCUACACUGAAAUCAUUAUUGUAAUUCUGGACAUUUUUACACUAACCCAACAUUGUUAUAAUUGUUCUGAACCUGCACUGAAUGUGAUCACAGAAAUAUGUAGUAUGCCUUCGUUACUAGAUUAGUAUGAACAUAUCAGUUUGGAAUUGUAUUGAAGGCGUUUUGCUUCAUAAUGUUUUCACCCUCAAAAUGUGAACACAGGUGCUAUAUACUCUGUAGUUUACUGAUCACAACUUUGCCAUUACUUAUGGUUCUAUUCAUUUGGUGCUUGAAUGUCCAUGUAACCCAAUAAAAGUAUUUAAUCUUAUACUUGUACAUGUACAUGUACUUGAUCUGUACAUGUAUAUGUACGUGUAUCAUUCAUCCUUAUACUCAAAGACUUGCAAGCUUCAUGCAAUUUUGCUUAAGGGUAGGGCUGAAGAAUGUCAGCACUAGUCUUACUUUACUGUGAACCCAAGGGAAUCCUGAUAUUACAUAUUUGUCUUUUCAGUAGCAAAGUACAUGUAUUGUCAAGAUACAUGUAUCUCAGGCUUGGUCUUUGUAGUACAAUGUAUGUAAGGAUUUUUUUAAAUGUCACAUUUUCUACAUGCUUGCCAUUCUCUUAAAAUAAGACUAUAAGUAUAAACAUAAGAGAAACUUAUUGCUGUUAAUACCAGAAGGUGCACUUUAUAAAUAAAGAAAUCCACUUUUUCACUGUUCUCACUUGAUAAAACUUUUGCUGGUGCUGGUUUAAAUUGGAUCAAUUGAAUUUUGUAGUCACAGCUACUUGUAAACGGGACGAUCAAAGUUGUGUAACUGUAGAUCCCCAUAUUUUCUAAGACCUGUAAUUUUCGAAAAAAAGGUUUGUGUGCAUGUUCAUGUAUACAUAAAGGUGUUCAUUAUAGCAACUUCUCAUUUUCAGUGGAUUGGGUAGGUUUCCCCUUGCUUUUGGAUGAAUGCUUGUGCAUGGUUGUUUACACAUUUCAAAAGUCAACAGAAUAUUAUCAGUAAAGAUUUUUGAAAACUUAUCUUCAUCUCACUGCUGAUUCACCUGCUUGUACAGUCAUUGCUGUUUUAUAUUCCAACAAAAAUUUAUAGAAGUUCCCAACUUUUUUGUAUAGAAUGAUCUUCAAAGUUUCCUUCCAUAGUCAUACAUAUACAUGUAGCUGUAUUGUCAUUAACUUCAAGAGCUUGAUACAAACGCAUUUUUUGUUGGGUUGACUUGGCCAUGAUUUUUGUUAAUCGCAAAUGUGAAAAUAAGAGGUUCAAAAAUGUGCAUGUUCAUAGUAUCACUGAGAUUGGAUCGCCUUGAAGAAGAAAUUAUCCAGUUUUGGAAACAUCGUUUUUAUUCCUAAGUUAAAAUGAUUCGAUUGUCCUAUUAUUUACGAUUGAUGUUGAAAUCUUGAUUAUGCAUUUAAUAUAUGAACCUAUGCAAAAUUUAAUUCAUGUAUUGUGCAUGUAGUUUUGUGUAAAAUGUUGAUUAAUGAAGAA